AUGGAUCAAACAACGAUAAAGGAUCGACAAAUUCAAGCAAACUGCUUGCGAAGGAUUGCUUUUCUCGGAAUCGCACUCUCAUCUAUUUCAACUUUUAUAUGUAUUAUAGCCGUACCAAUGUUUUACAACUAUAUGCAACAUAUGCAAUCAGUUAUGCAAAGCGAAGUUGAUUUCUGUAAGUCAAGAUCGAAUAAUAUUUUACGAGAAGUAAUACGUACUCAGGCUUUAACAAAAGUUGGCGGCAGUGUACCUAGUAAACGGCAAGCUGGUUAUGGAUAUGAAUCAACUGAAAAUGUACCAAACGCGUAUGGUGCAUACGCUCCGUAUGGUUCCAGUGCUGGUGCAGCUGCUCCAUCACAUGCGGUAGAAGGAACUGUACGUUCUAGUGGUUUGUGCUGUGGAUGUGGUGUAGCUCCGCAAGGACCCCCUGGUGCACCAGGCGCUGAUGGAAGAGAUGGAGUUGAUGGUGAACCAGGUACUCCUGGUCGAGAUGGACCUGAUGCACCAGAAGCGACUGCUCCACCUAAAGCACCAACAUGUACAAAUGAAUGUGAAGAUGCACCACAGGGUCCACCAGGCAGGCCCGGACCUAAGGGAACCCCAGGCAAACCAGGACAACCAGGAAAGGAUGCUGACGGUGGAAAACGAGGACCACCAGGCUCAUCUGGCCAAGCUGGGCCACGAGGACCACCAGGACCUGCAGGACCGAAAGGUCCUCCAGGUGUAGCAGGCAAACUUAACGAAACCCCUGUGCCUUCUGGACCACCAGGUCGUCCCGGUCCGGCUGGCCCACGUGGUCCUAAUGGACCAAAGGGAGCAAAUGGGAAGGCAGGUCCACUUGGUCCACCAGGGCCUGCUGGCAAUCCAGGAAAACGUGGUCCGCCGGGAAAGGCAGGAAGAGCUGGAGAUACUGGUCAACAAGGAGAGCGAGGAGCUUCAGGUGCAUGCGACCAUUGUCCUCCACCACGAACUGCUCCUGGCUAUUAA